AAAUGAAUUUUAAACAAAGAUUUCCUGCUUGGAAUGGAUCUUCGAUCUAACAAAGUUAUUAUGCAAGAAAAUCAACUAUAUUCCUAGAUUUUUAAAAAAUAGUUCUUAUCGACAUACUGAGUAAAGCAUUCCAAAGUCCUGAUGAAACUACGCUUUUCUCACCUUUUCCGCAAUUAGAGACAAAGCGACUGGAAACAAUUAUAUGUUUCAAAUACCCCAAUCCAACUGCCACCCUAUAACCAUUUCCUGCUUUAUUACGCUUCAACUAUUCAUUGUCGAUUGAAAUAAGAGGUCGAAAGCUUAUAUUGGUUGCAAAUACAAAUAUGUGGAAUACGUCUGAUUCACAGUAAAUGAAGAUACCCGAUAAGCUUUAUUACUAGCUGUGGAGUUACUCCAAUAUUGUGAAAUGACAUCCGUUGAGGCGUUGGAUUUCUAUGGUACUUAUCGAGGAUGAUAUCACCAUGGCUUCUAUAUACAACUCCUAAGCAGCUUUAAAAAUAGUUAUAACAGUCCAUCAAGCUGGAUUAAUCCAUUUUCUUGAAGAAUAGGAGAUCUGAAUUGCCUUCCAGAGGUGACUUUGAAAUUUUAAUCUGGCUGCAUCUCCAUGCAAAAAUAAAGAGAAGAAUUCAAAUAUGGCUUAUGAAUAAUUGCUUUGUUAUUAUUUUUCACUUUAAACAGAAGAGAGAUCGUUCGGAGAUAUUGAAGAUUAUUUCUCCUACGUUCAAUUUAACUGUUGCAACAGAUUUGCACUUGAUACGAAUAGGCAGCUUAUAAUUAAAUUCUAGGGAUAGUUGAAAAUGUAUUUAAAAUUAUUUCUCUUGCCCUCCUUGGUACACUUAGCAAUAGUAAAGAUAUCCGUAGCUCUUAAUUAUAAUUCUCGAAUCAGUGCUUUGAUAGAUGAAUUGGAAAUAGUGGACGAGGUCCCCAGAGUGAGCGCGAACCGCAGAAUACGACAAAAGUGGGCACAAAUAGAGAAAAAAGUUGAGAAGGAAAUGCACCAAUAUCUGCCCACUUCACUGGCAAGGAAAGUAGCCAGAUCUCUACGAGCCAUACAUUCAGAAGUAAAGGAUUGGAUAGAAGACCACGAAGUAUUUUUAAGGUCAGUUAAUGAAGAUUACAAGAGCAUUCUUAUUUGGAAAUCGGAAGGAACAAUUGACAGGCCAAGAACAGCUGAGGAAUGGGUUCGAGGUGGAACUAUGGAUAUUCAUAAAUGCUUCUUAUUGGCAUGUACCUAUUUUUUGGAAUCUGAUAUUUUGAACUUAUGGGCGAAAAUGAAAGUUCAUGAUAAAAGAAAAUUGUUCACAGAAAACGCCAACCUCGCAGUACGUUUUUGGACUGAUUGGAUCAGAGAAGGCGCUAUUCCUUCUACUUGGUUUCAAAUUGCCAAUGAAAGUCUCGACACUGAAAAUAUUUGGCCAAAUGACUAUCGUAUUCGAGUGAGUGCCUUUUUCGAUAGGAUAGACUGGUUAGUCAGGUCAGAUUAUUUUCAUAAUUGUCACGUGGUAGAUAAAAUCCAUCGUGAUGAUCUGCGGUCCUGCAUUAAUCGUAUGGAAUGGCGAGAACAAAUAGAUGUGAUUCGUUUUGCGACGAAAGUUUAUCCCACCUAUCUUGACUGGCCAUUGCAAACCGUCUUCCCAAAACUUACUGAUGAAAUAAGAUACAUUCCAUAUGGUCUACAUGAGCAUACUGUUAGAUGGAUAAUAACUUAUAUUCUUAAGAAAAUUCAAGCAGGUUGGAAAGAUGCUGAUUAUUUCAAAAUCCUUAGAGAAUUCUGGGAUUGUGUACAUUUUUCUGUGAAAGAAGUGAUAAAAGAAGCAAAAAUAUACAAGCCAUUAAGGAUUGCACUGAAUUACACAAAGCCUCAGCGAUAUCCCAUUGAGAAAAUAUUGGAUAAAUAUUUAGUUCCAUAACUCUUGGAGAAUUAACUGGACCUUUUAUUUUGUAUCCAAACUUUUCUAUUUUAUUUUUACUAUUAAUUUCUCCUAAUUUUGUUUGUAAUUUUUUUAAUUGAAAUUAAUUAUAAAUAUUUGUCUACAU